GGCACUAGACCGCCGCUCGCCGACGCCGCUCCUCCCUCUGCUCCCAGCGCCGCACGCCCCCGCCGCUCCCUCACCCGCCGGCCGCCGCGCAAGAGCCGCAACCCCGUCACGUCUGCCCGCGUGGGAGCCGCGGCCCCGUCAACAUCCACCCGCGCGAGAGCUGCAGCCCCGUGGACGUCCGCCCGCACGGGGACUCUCCGUCUUCGUCUCUCUCCGAGUGUGGGACUGUGCCGGCUUUAACCGCCUCGUAUCUCACACUCCGGGUGUCGACUGCCGAAUUGAUCCCUGAUUCAAUGGAGGCGUCCGAGGCAGCACCGGCGGUGGCGACGGCCGCCGUCAUGGAAGCAGAGGAUGUGAGCGGCGGGAAGGGCAGCUGGUACGUGCUUGGGGAGCGGGCGCUGAUGGUGCCGUACAUGCGGGAGCACGUGCCGCGGUACCACGACUGGAUGCAGGACCCGGCGCUGCUGGAGGCCACCGCGUCGGAGCCUCUCUCCCUCUCGCAGGAGUUUGAGGUCCACCGCUCAUGGACCCUCGAUCCUCUAAAGCACACUUUCAUAUUGUUGGAUAAGGAGUUGAUAGAGGGAGAGUUCGUGCCCGGCAACCCGCACACUGAAGCUAUGGUUGGUGAUGUGAACAUAUAUAUGAAUGACUCUGAUGAUAUGCAGAUCGCGGAGAUAGAGAUCAUGAUAGCUGAACAUAAGAGCCGUGGGAAGGGAAUUGGUCAAGAAGCAAUCUUGCUGAUGAUGGCAUUUGCAGUCGAGAAAUAUGGAAUUCACACAUUCAGGGCAAAAAUUAGUGAAUCAAAUACGGCAUCCCUUAAGCUCUUCAGGAAGUUGGGCUUCAAGGAUGCUUCAUACAGUGCGGUGUUCAAGGAGGUGACUCUGGAGGCACCUACUGACUCACUCCCGUUGAGGUUUCCUCUAACCAUUGGAGACUGGUGACGUCUGACAUGCCCCAAGCUAAUUCCAUGCGGACGACACAAGAAGCUGAUGCUGUUUGUCUGUACUAUCUGACCAAAAUUUACUCGGGAUGAUGAUGUAUGAAAAAAAUUGAAUAAAACAGUUGCACAGUUGUGAUUCAAUUGCAUUACGGCAACAUGGAACAAGUUGCAGCAAUCUGCAGCCAAUAUAUGGUGUUGAAAUCAAACUGCAUAUAUCAUAAUGUUGCUCAUUCAUGAA